GGAAGAGCCAGGCCGGAAAGGCUCUGUCUGGGUAGCUGAGCCCAGGGACCAGGGCUGCACUGGGAAGAGGCGUGAAGAGGUCUGGGCUCUCCCUGCUGAACCAACAUGGCACGAAGGGCGGCUCCUGCAGGCUUUAUGGUUUUCCUGCUGCUGCAGAGCUGUGUGGCCUACAAGCUCGUCUGCUACUAUACCAACUGGUCCCAGUACCGAGAGGGGCAGGGAAGCUGCUUCCCCGAUGCCAUAGACCCCUUCCUGUGCACCCACGUGAUCUACAGCUUCGCCAACAUCAGCGAAGACAACCAGCUGGAUACCUGGGAGUGGAAUGAUGUCACUCUCUACCAGACACUGAAUGCACUGAAGCUCAGGAACCCCCGACUGAAGACUCUGCUGUCCAUUGGAGGAUGGAGCUUUGGGUCUCAAAGGUUUUCCAAAAUGGCCUCCAAUACCAAGAGUCGCAGGACUUUCAUUAGGUCAGUAGCACCUUUUCUGCGGACCCAUGGUUUUGAUGGGCUGGACCUGGCUUGGCUCUACCCUGGCCGGAGGGACAAGCAACACUUCACCACUCUGGUCAAGGAGCUGAAGGUCAAGUUUACACAGGAAGCUCAGUCUGGAUGUGAGCAGCUCCUGCUCAGCGCUGCGGUGUCUGCUGGGAAGGUGGCCCUGGACAGCGGCUACAACAUCGCCCAGAUAGCCCAGCACCUAGACCUCAUCAACCUCUUGACCUAUGACUUUCAUGGGGCUUGGAGCCAGACCACUGGCCAUCACAGUGCCCUGUUCCGAGGACAAGAGGAUGCACGUUCCGACAGAUUCAGCAACACUGACUAUGCUGUGAGCUACCUGCUGGGUAGGCUGGGGGCCCCAGCUGAUAAGCUGGUGAUGGGGAUCCCCACCUACGGGAGGAGCUUCACUCUGGCUUCUUCCAAGACUGGAGUGGGGGCCCCAAUUUCAGGGCCAGGAAUACCAGGCCAGUUCACCAAGGAAGCAGGGAUCCUCGCUUACUAUGAGGUCUGUGACUUCCUCCAAGGAGCCACUGUCCACAGACUCCUUGGCCAGCAGGUGCCUUAUGCCACCAAGGGCAACCAGUGGGUGGGGUAUGAUGACCUGGAGAGCGUCAAAAACAAGGCAAGGUAUGUGAAGAACAGGCAGCUGGCAGGCGCCAUGGUGUGGGCCUUAGACUUGGAUGACUUCCGGGGAGCCUUCUGUGGCCAGAACCUGCGCUUUCCUCUCACCAACACCAUCAAGGACACGCUGGCUGCUGCUUAGCCCUCCUUCCUGCCACACAUGGUGGGGAAACCCCAUGCCCUGGGCUCUGGAUGGCAUGGGGUCUAACCAGCCAUCCUGCUGAGCCCCGCACUGUGCAUCAGUCUCCCCCAGGUGUCACAGGUGGGGCUAUAGGGACAGGAAGACCCAGGGACCAGCACAGUAUAAAACAUGGAGGUCAACGCAUAUCUUCUGGGAAUGCCUGAAGAUUCCAGACCCCAGAGGAGGGGAUUCCUCAACCUCUUACCCAGCCCUCCUGGCCAGAGAACCCCAUCUGGGCAAGUAGCAAGUAUCGGGAGAAGCCAUGCCCUAACUCCCUGCGUCAUCCCCCUUGGGGCACAGAACCCAUCCAACUCCCUCCCUCCUGACUGCUCAAUAAAGUUCAGCAUCCAGCAGUG